AUGACGCCAUCCCAUGAUCCAAACAAUGAUAACUGUGAUCAUGAGGAGCUCAAUACAGCACUGAAGUCGUUACAAGUGAAACUGAAACGCAAUGAAGAAAGGAAAGCAGAGUUUGAGAAAACAGUUCAACACAUCAAGUCUCAAGCCGAUCACACAGAGCAUCAGGUUAAACAUGAGUUUGAGAAGCUUCAUCAGUUUCUCCGAGAUGAAGAAGAAGCUACAAUCACUGCACUGAGGGAGGAAGAGGAGCAGAAGAAGCAGAUGAUGAAGGAGAAGCUGGAGGAGAUGAACACACACAUCUCAGCUCUUUCACACACGAUCAAAGACACGGAGGAGAUGCUGAAAGCCAAUGACGUCUGCUUUCUAAAGGAGUUUUCAGUCUGGAUGGAAAGAGUCCAGAUCUCACAGCCGGAUCCACAGACGCCUUCUGGAGCUUUGAUUCAUGUGUCUCACUACUUGGGGAACCUGCCGUUCAGAGUCUGGAAGAAGAUGCAGGACAUCGUCCACUACACUCCUGUAAUUCUGGAUCCAAACACUGCUCAUCCAGGUCUAAUCCUGUCUGAUGAUCUGACCACUUUGAGAAAUAGAAGGAACACACAGCCAUCUCCUGAUAAUCCGGAGAGGUUUGACCAAAUGUACUGUGUUCUGGGUUCAGAGGGUUUCAUCUCAGGGAAACACUGCUGGGAUGUGGAGGUCAAAGAAAGUUUAUACUGGAAUUUUGGAGUAACUACAGCAUCAAACCAGAGGAAGGGGUUCUUUAGCACUGGUGUCUGGAGUGUGCGGUGUGAACUAUCUAUUGGUUCUGGCUUUAUUGUUAAACAGACGCUUGAGCGUGUGAGAGUUGAUCUGGACUGUGACAGAGGAACAGUGUCUUUCUCUGAUCCUCUUAAAAACACACAUCUACACACAUUCACAACCACCUUCACUGAGUCGGUCUUUCCUUACUUCUAUUUUAAUGAUAUAGUCAAUUGUUUGAAGAUUUUACCAUGUUAAACUGCUUGCAUCAACAGAAAAUCAUCAAAGUUUUUUAAAAUCC